GGCAAUGACGAUGCUCUUCAGUCUGCUGUUUUGCACAGCUAAGGCUACUGAUGAUUCAGGAGCAGAAACUGAAGCAGAAGCACUCCUCCGAUGGAAGUCCACUUUGAUCGACGCCACCAACUCGUUGUCGUCAUGGUCGAUUGCCAACUCCACCUGCUCUUGGUUCGGUGUCACCUGUGACGCCGCCGGCCAUGUCACUGAGCUCGACCUUCUUGGUGCCGACAUCAAUGGUACGCUUGACGCUCUCUACUCUGCUGCAUUCGAAAACCUCACCACCAUCGACCUCAGCCACAAUAAUCUUGAUGGUGCCAUUCCAGCAAAUAUUUGUAUGUUGCGCACCCUCACCAUUCUGGAUUUGAGCAGCAACUAUCUUGUUGGUGUUAUCCCGAUAAAUAUUUCCAUGUUGAUUGCUCUCACCGUUCUAGAUUUGAGCGGCAAUAAUCUUGCUGGUGCCAUCCCGGCAAAUAUUUCCAUGUUGCACACCCUCACCAUUCUGGAUUUGAGCAGCAACUAUCUUGUUGGUGUUAUCCCGAUAAAUAUUUCCAUGUUGAUUGCUCUCACCGUUCUAGAUUUGAGCGGCAAUAAUCUUGCUGGUGCCAUCCCGGCAAAUAUUUCCAUGUUGCACACCCUCACCUUUCUGGAUUUGAGCAGCAACAAUCUUACUGGUGCAAUUCCCUACCAACUCAGCAAGCUCCCUAGGCUCGCCCACUUAGGUCUUGGAGAUAACCACUUGACAAAUCCAGAAUAUGCCAUGUUCUUCACACCCAUGCCUUUUUUGGAAUUCCUAUCUCUAUCGAGCAAUUAUCUCAACGGUACUUUUCCAGAAUUCAUCCUCAAUAGCAAUAGUUUGAGGAUGGAGCACCUCGAUUUAUCGUAUAAUGCCUUCUCAUGGUCCAUACCAGAUUCACUACCAAAUUUGAGGGUUCUAGAACUGUCGAACAAUGGAUUCCAUGGGACCAUACCACAUUCACUCUCAAGACUACAAAAGCUCCAAGACCUAUAUCUGUACAGAAACAACCUCACCGGAGGAAUCCCAGAGGAGCUUGGGAACCUAACCAAUCUUGAGGCCCUGUACCUGUCCAGAAACCGGUUAGUUGGAAGUUUGCCUCCCUCUUUUGCCAGGAUGCAACAAUUAUCAUUUUUUGCGAUAGACAGUAACUACAUCAAUGGUAGUAUCCCGUUGGAGAUAUUUUCAAAUUGUACUUGGCUCAACUGGUUUGAUGUUUCCAACAACAUGUUAACUGGAAGCAUCCCACCACUAAUCAGCAACUGGACAAAUCUACACUACUUGGCCCUCUUUAACAACACAUUUACCGGUGCAAUCCCAUGGGAGAUAGGAAACUUAGCACAAGUAUAUUUAGAGGUGGACAUGUCACAAAAUCUAUUUACUGGAAAGAUACCAUUAAAUAUCUGCAAUGCAACUUUGGAAUACCUUGCGAUCAGUGACAACCAUCUAGAAGGCGAGCUCCCUGGAUGCCUGUGGGGUUUGAAAGGUCUCGUUUACAUGGAUUUGUCAAGAAACACUUUUUCUGGGAAAAUUGCACCCUCAGACACUCCUAACAAUGAUUCCGACCUACUCGCCCUGGACCUGUCAAACAAUAACUUUUCGGGUUAUUUCCCAGUCGUACUGAGGAAUCUCAGCAGACUAGAAUUUUUGAAUCUUGGAUAUAAUAGGAUUUCUGGUGAGAUUCCUUCGUGGAUAGGGGAAAGUUUUUCUCAUCUGAUGAUUCUACAGCUAAGGUCAAACAUGUUCCAUGGAAGUAUUCCUUGGCAGCUAUCACAACUCCCCAAACUACAAUUGCUUGAUCUAGCUGAAAAUAAUUUUACAGGCUCCAUACCAGGUAGUUUCGCCAACUUAUCAUGUUUGCACUCAGAAACUAGAUGUGUGUGUAGCUUAAUUGGAGUAUACCUCGAUCUAGAUAGUAGACACUACAUUGAUAUUGAUUGGAAGGGAAGGGAGCAUCCAUUUAAAGACAUAAGUCUACUUGCAACAGGUAUUGAUUUAUCAAACAAUUCUCUCUCUGGUGAGAUCCCUUCAGAAUUGACAAAUCUUAGAGGUAUUCAGUCCUUAAAUAUUUCUAGAAAUUUUCUACAAGGAAAUAUCCCAAAUGGAAUUGGCAAUCUAACACAUUUAGAGUCUCUUGACCUCUCUUGGAAUAAACUCUCAGGCCAUAUUCCUCAUAGCAUAUCAAACUUAAUGAGUCUCGAAUGGCUUAAUCUCUCGAACAACCUUCUAUCGGGAGAGAUACCUACAGGUAAUCAACUCAGAACACUUGAUGACCCAUCGAUUUAUGCCAACAACCUGGGGCUUUGUGGAUUUCCUUUGAAAAUUUCAUGCUCAAACCAUUCAAGUUCUACGACUACACUAGAAGGGGCAAAAGAACACCACCAAGAACUGGAAACUCUAUGGCUGUACUGCUCAGUAACUGCAGGAGCUGUCUUUGGUGUUUGGCUGUGGUUUGGAGCACUGUUUUUCUGUAAUGCCUGGAGGCUUGCUUUCUUCUGUCGCAUCGAUGCCAUGCAGCAGAAACUUAUGUAAAACAUAGCUCAUCUGAGUAAUAUGCUCUGCUUCUCAUUGAGUCCACCUGAGCGUGUGUAUUAGUGUCACAUUAUGUCAGCACUGCACUAAGAUCUAAGGUUCAGUAGGUAUUAUCCCUUUAUUUCAGCCAUCGAUGAGAUGUAAUUUGCUGUUGCCAGAUUUAGCUUGUUGUUGUUGUCAUGAUGAACUCUUGUUAUAAGCUUUUAGUGUAAGUCGGGUAGCAUCCUUGGUCAGAAAAGAAAAUUUACAUGUUUUGAUGAUGAGACCAAUUUCCUACAUGGUUGUGUUUGAAGAUGCAAGUAGCAUGUAAUCAAGGAAGUUCCAAAUAAAGUAGAAUACAUCAUGGCUGUCUUUUGAUGUAUUUGCAAGCUUUGUUAUUACCUUUGGAUGCAUACAGACUUCAUUUGACGCUAAUUUGGAGAAUUUUGUCUUAUUUUCUGUUCAUACUGUAAGCUGUAUGUAUUCUGUUUUUUUUUUCUCAUCAGCUAUAAAUUACUGCAGUACACUUCUAAGCAAAAGAACACAGCUUUGCCGGUUGCAGCAACAAUACUGAACACAACAAGAACACGCGUGGCAAAAUUUCUAUUACUAGAAUUUCACCAAAUUCCGACAAAAAAGGUGGAGAAAUCAUAAGAACAAAAUCACGCUAUCCACUGAAAAUUUCCAGGAAGAAUUGCAAAUCAACUCCCCUUGUGAUCAGUGGCCGCUGUUCACGACAGCGCAGUUCCUCCUGAUCUCCCCCUCCGAUCCGGUCUUGACCUGCACCGCGCCCAGCGUCGCCAUCGACCGGCCGAACACCUGGAAGAACACCUCCGGCGGGCUCGCCACGACGCCGGCGAUGUCCGCCCGCCCCGCCACGUCGGUGGCGAGCGCGGCGUUGGACCG